AUGCACUUCGAGGUGAAGGCUGCGUACUCAGGUGCGCCCCACACCUCACAAGUCAGGGCAAUAUUGUGUAGCAAGGUGUGGCUAAUUCUCGGAUGUUUUCAAGUUCAGGUCCACAAAAUGGUCGUGCUCGCAUCCAGUUCACGUGUUUCCAAACAAGGAGCAGAAAUAUUCUUCGGUAUGCGCAACACAGACCAUUGGAUGCCAGCUGCACGAGCGCCAUAUCUUGCUCACUACUCAGAGGAUUACCUCCGAACGCAAUGGGCAGCACUUUCUGAAGUAGUUUUACAAGUGUAUGAGUGUUGCGGAGGUCGUUUUCCAUGUGACUAUGUGCUGCCCAACAUAACAGUGCCAACUUUGAUCAUGAAUGGAGGACAAGAUCGUUUCUGUGGAGAUCCAAAGGCGUGCUUUCUUUCUGUUCUAAAGAAUGUCAGGUGA